UCUAUCGAUUUGACUAGUUUGGGUGGUCUUCCUUCACUCUGCUUUCCUAGAAGCUGCUUCCUUGCGCUGUGUUCUGAUGUCAACACACCGAAAUUUCCUAGAAGAAUUUCUGUUCAAUUCUAAGAAAUUACGAGAAACUAUUUGGUCUUAAAUUAGACUGCGGUUUGCUUUUGUCAAUUGCCUCAGUAAUUUUUCUUGAUUUGUUCAUUUCGAUGUAUUAGAGAAAGUGUUUGAGAUCUCUGAAGCUGAAAGCAAGAAGAUGGUUCUGGCUUAUGACAAUUGGGAAAGGCUAGUCGAAGCCACGCUAAAGAGAGAGCAGUUUAGGCAACUCUGUCGUCAAAUUUCGCGGAGUUCAAGUAGUGUCUCAACAUUAUCAGAUUUCAGUUUUAUGUCUUCAAACCCAGAAGGUUCAUCUUCACUUCAACAGAAUUUCCCAGCAACACAGCCCGCAAUUAUUAACUCAAGGGAAUCAAAGUCCCAAAAGAAAGAAAAAUCUGUUAGUAAAGUGGAACCCAAGUUAGUGUUCGUGAAAGGUUACAAUCUUGCAAUUGAACUUCAAGACUUGUUACGGGCUCCUUCUACAUUUUUGGGUAAGGGAGCAUUUGGGACUGCAUAUAUGGCAGCUCUGAGUAAUGGGGUUAGAGUUGUGGUGAAGAGAUUGAGGGAAUUAAGUGUCGACGAGACAGAGUUCAAGCGGCAGAUGGAGGUCACUGCCAGUAUUAGGCACGAAAAUGUUGUACCUCUUAGAGGUUACUGUACUUUUAAGGAUAACAAGCUCAUGCUAUAUGAUUACUACAGUCAUGGGAGCGUUCACGCAAUGCUUCGUGAAAAAAGAUCCAAGGACCAGAUUCUUCUCGACUGGGAAACUCGGCUAGGAAUUGUAAUUGGUGCUGCGACUGGUAUUGCUCAUAUCCAUGCACAAUGUGACGGGAAGCUUGUCCAUGGAAAUAUAAAAGCCUCGAACAUUUUCCUGAACUCACAACAAUAUGGUUGUGUGUCCGAUCUUGGCUUAGCAACAUUGGUAACUCCGAUUGGACCUCCAGUCAUGAGGACUGCAGGGUACCGCGUCCCAGAAACCAUAAACACCAGGAAAGUGUCGCAAGCUUCUGAUGUCUACAGCUUCGGGAUUGUGAUUCUUGAACUUCUCACGGGUAAAUCCCCUUCCCGAGCUGGAGUCUUAAACUUGGUCAAAUGGGUUCGUUCAAUUGUUCACAAGGAGGGGACUACUAAAGUAUUUGAUUCAGAACUGCUGCAUUUUCCUGAUAAAGAGGAAGAGAUGGUGAAUAUGUUGCAAAUCGCGCUCAGUUGUGUGGCUAGGAAGCCAGAGCAGAGACCUAAAAUGCUUGCUAUAGUGACAAUGGUAAAGAAUAUUCGAAGGACCAAUGCUGGAAGUUACUCAUCUUCUUGAUUUAACAUUACAUAUUCGAUUGCUCUCUCUUACGAAAUGAAAUUCCCAAGCCUUGGUCUGCUUACAUGAUGCAAUUAUGCAAUUAUUGAUAGUUGUGACAUUAAAUUUAGCAUUGAUAAGUUAGAAGUCGAAUAUUCGUUUGCAAGUAGUCUAUGCGUCAAGAAAAUGAUGUUAUUUUGAAAUCUUAUGGACGAGAUCUGUGGAGGAAAAACUGCAACAUAAGUAUAAUAAAAAUUUUGUAUUAAACAUAAUAGUGAAGUUAAAAAUUUGGUCAA